UAGCUGCCAUAUGACAGAUCGAAAAAUAUAUUUAUAAAUAAUGAAAAAAAAUGUAACGUCGGUGCUUUUUAUCAUAGUGACAUGACAUAGUGACUUAAAUUAAGAAAAAUUUAAUAAAAAUCAGACAACUAUAUCAUAUAGCUGCCAUCUGAAAGAUCGAUAAAUCUAUAUAGAAUUGACGGAAAUUAAAUUAUAACAGCGUUGUCUUUCAUCGGAAAGCAUGAUUUUUUGAAUUUAGAGUUUUUAAAGACUCUUGAUUUUUGAAAUAAAUUUCAUUGCAAUCGGACGACUAUAUCAUAUAGCUUUCAUAUGAAUAAUAGUCGAAAAUAUGAAAAACUAAUGGAAAAAUCGUCUUUUUUAAAGACUCUUGAUUUUCGAAUUAAAUGUCAUCAAAAUUGGACGACUAUAUCAUAUAGCUGUAUAGCAACAAUAGUCAAAAAUAUGGAACAUUAAUAGAAAACUCGCCAUAGCUUCGAUGUUGUUUAGAUAUAGAUUAUUUCAUGUCUGUAAGUCUGCCGAAGCAAGCUUCAUUUCUUUCAAUUAUAGUAAUUAAUUGGAACUAAUAUAAAGCAGAGUGCAUUAAAGUUGUACAACAUCGAAGUCUUGACGGUUUUUCCAUUAAUUCUUCCUUACUCUGAAUGAAAACUAUUGCCAAAAAUCAUGUAUGAUCAAAAAACAACGGCGUUUAAAUUGUUCAAUUAUUUUUCCGAUCUUUUUUAUGGGAGCUUAGCUUUCCAGACCUUCAACAACCUGUAAAAGCUCCAUUACUCUUGGUAAAGUUUCAGCCAGAUAUAUUUAAAUCAGCUUAUAUAGAAACAGACAGACAGAUCAGUUCAGAUAGUCAUGCUGACCCUUCACUAAGUCGCAAAUUUCUAACUAAAAAUGAUAAUACCUUUACAAGGGUAUAACAAAUUCAAAUAAAUCGUACGGAACUUUCGAGUAUCCUGAGGUAAGAUCUGAAACAGAUUCUGAAUCCCUCAGUGAUAUGUUAAAAAAUAAAUUCGUGAAAUGCCUUUUCAAAGCUGCUGAGGGCCCUUUAACAGGUAGAAUAGGUUUGUCACAGGGACAGGAUAUGCGUAGGAUUCGCGCAUAUUUGGAUUAGGGAAAACCAGAUAUUAAAACGCAAUUAGAGCACUUCGGGCGUUUGGAUUUGGCUUACUACCUGUGCGACAUCUGGCAUAUACCACUACCUGUGGGACAUAUGGUAGGUUAAUCCAUGGGUUAAAAAGGCAAAGAGCGCCGCAUUUACCUGUUGUCCGCGUAUAAAUAUGAUCCGAUUGCAGUCAGCAGCAUCAGUUGCCCAGCAACCAACAUAGCCGCAAGAACACCUUUAGCAAUUCAAGCCAGCAGUCUAAAAUGGCAACAUACACCUGCACCCAGUUCCUGAACCUGGACGAGAUGGAGCUUCCAUCGAAGGUCACCACAGUAACCCUGAACGCAUCCUGCUUUGGACAGUGCGACUUGAACAUCUUUAUCGAGAGCCUGGAGACCAUAGCCCGCCUAGAGAAGGAGCGCCAUGAGCGAAGGCAGCUUCGGCGGGAGAAGAAGCGACAGUUGGCCCGCAUGGCGGAGCUAAACGACCAGCGGAGCUCCAGUCCGACGCCCAGCGCUGAUGAGGCCGUCGACGAGCCACUUCUAUACCUGGAGGCAAAGUGCAUUCCCUAUGCGGUGUCUGACGCUCCCAAUGUCCAAAGGGCUACCACGCCCGGUCUGCCAGAGUACUACACCUGCGACGACGAGGCCUACGGCACUGGCUUCCAUUCGCCGGGCAGCAGCGUCACCUACUGCAGCUGCAACGACCCUUGGAGUCAGGACUCAGACUCGGCUGAAUCGGGAGUCUAUGGCUCCGUUUCGGUGGCACCCGUGAGACCGCGCUCCCAAAUGGCAACAAAGUCUGAGAAUCGCUCCACGAGAUCCCGCAUAAUCAGAAUGCUUAUGAAAAGGGAGUUCGCAAACACACCUCUCACCGAACACCAGCAGCAAGCUGAGCCCCGGUGCAAAUACAGCAGUCGAAAACUGUCGACGGAACAAAGUUUUCUGGACAAAGCUCUGCGCUAUUUAACAUUAUAGAUCGGUUCAUCUCCAAUACUCACCGUAAAAACUCACUGUAAACGUAGCUUUGUAUGUAAAACAUUACAAAAAUAAAAUUCAAAUUGUAUAA